GUCCUUGCUGGCCUCCUUGGUUCUCUCGGGGACCCCGGCCGCUGCCUGCGGCCUUCUACCAGGCGAGGCCCUGCUCGGGGUUCUUCCGGCCUCCCACCAGGCAAAACCCGCAAGGAGCGGUUUCUGGCGUGACUGGGUCCCUGCGGCCGAAGGGCGCCUCCCGGCCACGCUCGCUGUAGUGAAGGAGCGCGGCAGCCCGGGGCUCAUUUGGGUGAUUUCCCUCGGCGGUGGAGGUCGCUCCUAGUAGACGCGGCGGCUAAUCACCCAAACAGCCCUCAGGUGCCUCCCUGCUGGCCUCUUUUUCACGUGGUGCUUAUUUUUAUUUCGCUAUUAUUUUGUAAUGGGAAUAUCUUCUUUAGAAACUAAUUGGCAACCGAUGGAGAAAAACAAAACAUAGUAAAUGUGCGGUUUGGGUUGAACUGCAGAAUGCACGGGCCCACGAGGGGCUCCGCGCACAGAUCCUGUUCCCCAGGCCUUGAACCCGGCCCCACGGCACAGAUCUGGCUCCUGGAAACGCGGGUCAGCUGGUCAGGUGCCCAGGCGACGUACUGUAAGAUGGUAUUACUUUAAUCAUCUUCACAUCAGUAUUUAUGGAAUAGCCACAGGUGCCUCAACCUUUAGUAGGAGUUAAUUAUACAUUUUCUGGCCGAGUAAACAUCUCCGAAUGUAUUUUUUUAGAUAAGGAAAUAAAAUAUUUCCAAUAAAGUUGAAGUCUCAUCCCACCCAUCCAUAACCAGUCACUCCAUGGAUUCCUUUGGGCAACCCAGACCAGAAGAUAAUCAGUCAGUAGUCAGCAGAAUGCAAAAGAAAUACUGGAAAACGAAACAAGUCUUUAUCAAAGCAACAGGAAAAAAAGAGGAUGAGCACUUGGUGGCGUCUGAUGCUGAACUGGAUGCUAAACUUGAGGUUUUUCACUCCGUUCAAGAGACAUGCACUGAACUUCUGAAGAUAGUCGAGAAAUACCAGCUAAGACUCAAUGUUAUAUCAGAGGAAGAAAAUGAGCUAGGGCUCUUUUUAAAGUUUCAAGCGGAACGGGAUGCAACUCAAGCUGGCAAAAUGAUGGACGCCACUGGCAAGGCACUUUGUUCUUCAGCCAAGCAAAGAUUGGCCCUGUGUACUCCUCUGUCUCGUCUGAAGCAAGAAGUAGCAACAUUCAGCCAAAGGGCGGUAUCUGAUACCUUGAUGACAAUUAAUCGGAUGGAGCAGGCGCGCACAGAAUACAGAGGAGCUCUGCUGUGGAUGAAAGAUGUAUCCCAAGAGCUGGACCCAGACACCUUAAAGCAAAUGGAAAAGUUUAGAAAAGUACAGAUGCAAGUGAGAAAUAGCAAAGCUUCUUUUGACAAGUUAAAGAUGGAUGUUUGUCAGAAAGUGGAUUUACUUGGAGCUAGUCGCUGCAAUAUGCUAUCUCAUUCGCUCACUACCUACCAGAGAACACUGCUUGGAUUCUGGGAGAAAACAGCUCGAAUGAUGUCCCAAAUUCAUGAAGCCUGUAUUGGCUUUCAUCCAUAUGAUUUUGUAGCUCUCAAGCAACUACAAGACACUCCAAGCAAGCUUACUGAAGACAAUAAAUAUGAACAAAUAGGCGAUUUUCUUACUGAACAGCUCAAUAAGCUAGUUUUGUCUGAUGAGGAAGCAAGCUGUGAGAGAGAACAAGCAAACAAAGAUCACAAGGAAACACAUUCUCAAAUGAGAGAAUUUGGAGCACCUCAGUUUUCUAACUCUGAAAAUGUUGCAAAAGAUCUACCUGUAGAUUCAUUGGAAGGAGAAGAUUUUGAGAAGGAAUUCUCAUUUCUGAACAGCCUCCUAAGUUCUGGUUCUUCAAGUACUAGUGAAUUUACCCAAGAAUGCCAGACUGCCUUUGGGAGCCCUAGUGCCAGUCUCACAUCCCAGGAGCCUUCCAUGGGGUCUGAGCCCCUCGCUCAUUCUUCUCGAUUCCUUCCUUCACAACUUUUUGACCUUGGCUUUCAUGCGGCUGGAGCAUUCAACAGCUGGGUCUCCCAAGAGGAAUCAGAGCUUCGUCUUUCACACACUGAUAACCAGCCAGUGCCUUCACAGAGUCCAAAGAAAUUAACAAGAUCCCCCAACAAUGGUAAUCAAGACAUGUCAGCCUGGUUCAAUCUAUUUGCAGACCUGGAUCCACUUUCAAACCCAGAUGCUAUUGGACACUCAGAUGAUGAACUCCUUAAUGCUUGACUGAAGUUAUAAUGUCACUUCAGUGGCCUUGAGACAUCAAUUUUGCAACACAUUUCCUUUGUGGAAAGGAGUUUAUAUUGUAACCCACACACAAAAGCAUGGUGUUUGUGAAUAUAACACCUGUCAGCCAACUUUAGACAGAUGGUAAAGACCACAUUUGAAUAGGUUAAGUACAUCUUUCAUAUCUUGGAUUUGCAACUGUUGGUACUAUGUGGAAAAUAUUAGAAACUUCUAUGUGGAAAAUAUUAGAAAACUAUGGAGUCUGCAAUAUUUAGAUACUGAAACUUAUGUCAAAAUAACGGCUAGGAGUAAUUCUGUCAAUAUGGAGUUGAGCUUAUUUCUUUGGAAACCCUUUUAAGUUGCCUUGCUGGCUGUGAGAAUUUUAUAUGUGGAUAAAAAAAGAUAGCAUGUAAAUUGGAUUGUGGUUUGGGGUCAGUUUUUAAAUAAAAUAGUAACAAGGAGGAUUUUCUGUUUUCGAAAACAGCAUUAGAACCAGACCAGCUUUGUUUUGGGUUAGAGAGAGAGAAUAAGAUUUGAGAGCUUAGUUUGCUUUAAUGAAAUCACAGAGAAACUU